UUAAUUUAAAAUCCAACAACUGACUUUGAUCGUAAUGUGCAAAUAUAUAUUAGCACUGUUUACCUUUUUGUCGCGAGGUGAUUUUUUGAUUUUUAUUCACAGCUACUGAAAAUGUUCAUUUCUGAACAAUAAUGUUAUUUUCGUGAUUCUUGGUUUUGCUUGCUAUCAUCGACAAAAAAAACGAAACGUGAAAUGUGAUUGAUAUAGGUUAGUUCACUCGUUGCGCAGAUAAAGCUCAUCUGUAUAGUUACUCAUUUCAAUAUUAUCUCUCGACAACUUUUUGCAACUGCCACGCAAAUAUAGGUAAUAGAAUAUCUCCUUUUGCUUAUUGCAAAUUGUCGAUAUAAACACUGCACGUUUCAUCUUAGGCUUUAUCAAUCUACGAGAGAUUAGCCAGUCUGAUUGAAAAUUAAUGUUUAUCGGCAGCCACGAGUAUAAGUGAAUUAUUCUGACGCCCUGAUUGUGUAAUUUUUUUGCACUAAGAUUCUAUCGCUCCAGUUUUCAGAUUUCCAUUGACAACACUGGUUUUUUUAUAGAACGUAUAUUUCUAUAAGAUUACCCUGUAUCACUUUUCGUCGAUCCUAGGUACGAAUGUAUUACGGUAUCGACCGAAAAAACUAACAAUUUUCUUUAUUGGACGAUCAAUAUUAUGUAUUAUUCUAUCAAAUGCCACGUAACGAGAUUGCAAAUAUAUAGCCUCGUGGUAGAUACGUACAUACCUAAGUAAUUAAUUGCAUGUAUGCAUCUUAACAAGGCAAGCCAAAUAUACGUUCUUUAAGAAAUCGUACCGCGUACUUAAUAUCGUGGUUCCAUGCUAUGAUGUUUAUAGAAAGUUGAAGAAACAUAAUUUUUCUAUUAUCUGUAAUCAAAAGAAGAUGAUUCAGGGGAUCAUUAAAAUUAAUCAUCGUCGGGCGCCGAUUGCUUUUUCAUGUCAACGAUAUUCACGCUUCUGCCGCUGAAAUGCCUGUGUCUAUAUAAUAAAUAUCUCGCUCGGCAUUGACAUCUAAGAGUUUCGUGUUUCCCUCUUUUUCUCUCUCUCUCUCUAAACCGCACGCUAUUGCAUGUUCACAAACGCCCUGUUGCGUCUCCCUUAACGACGAGUGAAUUGGCCCCGCGGUAAACAGAUAGUCGUGGGCUGAUUGGGCCUCGGCUGUGUGAAAAUGGUGCAAAUCGACGCGCUGAACGUGGACGUGAUCAAAGUCACGAUCAAAGACAAGCCGGGCUUGCAGCAACUGCACCAUGAGCAGCAACAGCAGGAGGAGGAGCAGCAGCAGCCUCGAUCCGGCGACGAGAGUCGUCUACGGAGAGCGUUCGGAGCACUGAGACAGCACGCGACUCGAGAGCGCGAGCUGCGCCAGAUUCGCACUGCUAUCGAGACGAGAAGCUCGACACGGCGACUUCGCCAGUGUUUCGCCAGUUGGAGGAACAAGGCGCGCCAGCGCGCUUUGCAGGCAGCUCGGAAGAUCGCCCAGCACGAUGACAAAGCGAGCAAAGAGGAGAAGAUCGAGUUGCUGGUGGAGGCAAUCGCCGAGAGACAGAAGCAUCAGCAGCAGCAGCAGCAGCAGCACAGCAGCGAGAAGAAAGCCAAAAGUGCACCGCCAAGUGCGAGCAAAGCCACGUCUCAAGCGCGUACCUUGAGCGGCAGCAAGACUACGAGCCGAGACAUCUCGUCGAUCGUGGCGAAGAGUCGACUGCAAGCACAGAAACGCAUAAUCGAGGAGCAGAGAUCCAAGCUGGAGGAGCAGAGGCGAGUUAUCGAGGAGAUGAGGUUGAAAGAGCUGGACGAGCAGGCCAAGAGGACCAACAAGGAGACCAUGACGAUGGCCAAACAAGCUCUGGGACAGUGCGAUCAGAGAACUAGGAGGAGCAUCUUGCAUUUGAUGAGAGAACAGGGAUGCAGGGACAAAACACUUACCGAAAUCCCACAAAUACCCGGCAACACGCCAACCUUCUUGUUGAGAAUGGAGGCACGCGCGGAAAUUCGCAAGCAGCGAAUCCGUCAAACCGAAGAAAUUCACCAACGCAGAAGAGAAGAGGAAAAAAGACGCGAAGAAAUACGUCGCAAGGAAAUAGAAGAACAAGAGCGUCAGCGACAGCUUCAAGCGCUGAAAGAGGCCAAAAGACAGCGAAAGGAGUUGGAAGAGCGACGUAAAAGGGAAUUGGAAAGGAAUCAAAGAUUGGAGCACAUGGCGGAUCAAUUUUACAAGCGCUACCUCUUUCGCAAGUACGCACUGGAACCACUUGGCAGCUUCGUCGAGCAAAAGCGUAAUUAUUUGCAGACAGCCGAUCAGCAUUACGGACUAACGUUGAUGGUGAAGAUAUUUGCCGCGUGGAAAACUGAAUACUUGGAUCAGCGUGCGGAAAAACUUCGGUUAGCCGCCAAAUUUUAUCAGCGAAAUCUUUUAUGGUAUAGCUUUCACGACUGGAAACAUUUUGCGCUGGAUAUGAAGCAAAAGUAUCAGGUCGCCGUAGACUUUUGCGAGAUGAAACUGCAGAGUAAAUGUAUAAGAGCUUGGUUCACGUUGCAUCUUCGGAUUAAAGGGGAGGAACAGCAGAAAGAAAUGAAGGCCAAAAGACAUCACGACAGGCGGCUAAAAGAGAUGUUUUUUAGCACUUGGAGGCAAUACAUGGAAAUUGCAGAUGAUGUGAAUGAAAGAGAACGUAGACGAGACGAGUGGAGGGAUUUAAUUAAAAAAUUUAUUCCUAACGAUACUCCAAAAUGGAAAAAUGUUACAUUAAAAUCUUGA